AUGUCUAUUGCAGCAUUGCAGUAUCGAACGCAACCAGUACCCCCAAGGGCAGCAACGUUCGCGAUUCUUCUGCAACCUCUGACUUUGUCUUUGGAUGUUCAGCGAAUCCGCCACUCGACACUUGUUAUGGAAUGCUCCAAAUCAAGGAUAUCAAUGGAAGUGUACUUCUCUCGAAUCUCUCUGUUAGCCCGCGGGCUGUCGAUCAGCCUUCUAUAA